GAGAUCAGAUAGCUGCCAUCCUCACCGGAAGUGACGCACGGACCGGAAGCGGAGCGCUCACAGCUGAGCUGCUGACUCCCAGGCGGGUUCCUGUUUAAUGUGAGUGUUACUCAUGCACCAUAAUGCCUGUUCGUGGACUGUGGAUCUUAAGCCACCGAUUUGGGGAGUGUGGAGAGGUAAAAUUCUCAAGACAUUACCCUACAGUAGAAAAACGAGCCAAGGCCUUCAACAGGUCGAGCUAUGUGAACUUCCCCGAUAAUGAAGACCUCUUAAAAGCCUUGCUCCAUGAACUGGGAUUGACGGAAGAGAAUAAACAGUUUGUGGAAUACAGAGAUAAUUGUUCCAGAAUCAAUAAAACAAACGUGUACUCCUUGACUGUUUCUGAAGGCAAACUCUGGCCUGUCCUGGCCAUUCAAAAUGGCAACUUCAUCUAUGUGUGUCUCCCUCUAGUAGAGCAGUCACUGACUCCUCCUCCACCACUUAUAAAUAUAAACAGCAUCUCGGAAGCAUUCGCCCUUUUAUCCGAUAUAAUGCUGUUUAUCAAUUCCGGACUGAACACAGAAGCAGAUAUUUCAUCCAAGCUCACGCAGCUUCCUUUUCUGAUAACUCAGGCUUGUCCCCUGGGCUCUCCCGUGAAUACAGACUUGCUUUCACUGCCUGAUAAUGUAAGCAGCACCUCUUUGAGCGAAGGUUAUAAAUCCCCAGCAUGGAGGACCAGCAAACAGAAGGGUAAAGCUCAGAUUGAAGUAUACAUCACAGAGAAAGUGAAUUCCACUCAGUAUGACAAGGGUGAUGAUAGCGACACGUGGCAGGUAUAUGGGACAGUCUCCUGCAAGUGUAAUUUGGAAACAAUCAGCCCAAAUGUAAUAGUUGGCUUGAAUCUUCCUGCCAAUGGCUCCCCGCUUCAGGAUAUCCUGGUCCAUCCCUGUGUGACUUCCAUUGACUCGUCCAUGCUUAUCUCAAGCAGCGUGGCUGUAUCGGAUGAUUCUGCUUUCAACGGGCCGUACAAAUUUCCAUUCAUUCCUCCUUUUGAUUUAUUUCAAUUGUGUUACUACACAUCACAGGUACCGGUGCCACCAAUUUUGGGCUUUUACCAGUUGACGGAAGAUGGGCACCAGGUACAGAUAUCCAUUAAACUGAAGCUUCAUGAGAGUGUAAAGAACGGAUUUGAUUAUUGUGAAGCUCACAUGCCUUUCUUCAACAAAGGUCAGAUAAAGCAUUUUGAAUACAAAGUCAGUCAUGGACAGCUUGAAUUAUCAAGAGAGAAGAGUCUCGUAGUUUGGGUGAUUGGACCGAAAUUUCCAAAAUCUUUGGAGAUUUCUCUUUCGGGGACUGUGACCUUUAGCUCAGAACAACACCCAAAUGACCCUACGGAUCCGAUUUGUGUUGGAAAUACAGCUUAUAUUAAACUUUCAUUUAGAAUCCCUGACUACAGCCUCACUGGAUGUUACACGGACCAGCAUUCUGUCCAGGUCUUUUCAUCCACAAAGCACAAAACUAUAACAUCUCGGGAGCUCAUCUCUGCUGACUACUAUAUAUGGAACUCCAAGGCUCCAGCACCUAUUGUAUGCAGGUCAUUCUUUGAUUAAGUUCCACCAAUGACUACUUGCUCACUAAUGCUUCAGAAUAUUUUCUCAUCACAUUAUUUAAAAGAGCUACAAAACAGAAAAGUACUCUCUCUUUUUCUGUGGUACUCAGCCUACCGUUAAAUAAAACGUUAUUUUCAAUUA